AUGCCGCCGCGCGGCCAGGGUUCUUCGGGCUACCGCGGCGUCCGCGAGCGCCCGAGCGGCUGGUACUCCGCCGAGAUCCGGUCUGGCGACGUCCGGCUCGGCCUCGGCUCGUUCCGGACCGCGCACGAGGCGGCCCGCGCGUACGAUGCGGCGGCGUGGCACUUGGAGAGGCCCCCAUCGCAGAUGAACUUCCUGGACGUCUUCAAGCGCGAGCAGGCGCAGCGCCUCGCCCCUCCGCCUCGUCUUAUCACUGACCAGGACCGUGCGGACCACAUUCGGCAGCAGUGCCGCCUUCUCAUCACCGAGGAGGUCGAGCGAGCCAUGGCGGAGAGGCGCCGUCGCCACCCAGAGGACGUCGCCGCCGAGAACGCCUUCUGGGCAGAGAGGACGGCAAGGCGCCACGCGAAGCGUGUCGACAUGCGUCGGCGCAAGGCAUUGGCCUUAUCGCAGUGCGAUAUCGUCGAGAACGGCGGGAAGUCGAUCUUCUCCUCCAAUGAUCUGCGUUGGGAUGACAUGUGGCUCGAUACCUCUGACAACACCACCGAAGAUGAUGAUGGUGAUGAUGAUGACGGCUGGGAGUCACCGUAGUUUUUCUCGUUGCACCAUAGUUCUAUCUAUAUAUGCUUUGGAACUAUGUAAAAUAUCUUUGUAUCC